AUGGUGGUCAACUGCGAUGGGCCGCUGAUGCAAAGCAACACUUUUUGGCCUCUCACUUCGGAUCUGAACAAUCUCUUCUCUCACAAGUCAAUUACAGAUAUCUUGAUUGAAGACAGAAAGUUUUUGGUUCUUUGGACUGAUAUUCUUAAAAACAUGCAGUUUAUGAACUGCUUCUCACUGAAGGAGGGGAGUCACAUUGAGUACGAAACGAUGGCCUUCUUCCACGGCCUAACUAUGGAAAUUGAAGUCGGUGUCACAUCAAUGUGGUACAUUUGGCAGCAGUACAGAACGCCGGUACGUAAUCUUUCCAUUUUUUUACUCUUUUAA